GUUGAUGAUAAGAAGUAGCAGAAAAAAGCUCUAUCUCGGGUUCCACUUUCCAAUCCCUCCUCACAGGAAAUACCGUGAAAAGCCCCCUCCUCCCAUUCCUGUAUUUUAGGCCAAGAAAUCUUGGUUGUCAGUGAAGCCAAAGCAAGAACGAUAAAGUAAUAUAUAGUAUAAUAGUACUCGUUUUCCCACUGCUCGUGCAUCUUCUUUCUUUCUCUUUUUUUAUAUAUAGCCGUUGGUUCUAAUCUCCAUAUCCUUAAAAGACAGAGCCAAAGCGUAGCAUUCAAGUUAUGGCUCCUCCUGGCUUGUUGAGUUUGGCUGUGUUGUGCUUCUGUCUCCUUGUCUUGGUGGUCGAACCUCAUAGAGCAUAUGGCAAGAGCCGUGGUUCGUUUGGCCGAAACAAUGGUGCCGCCACUUCAGCAGUCAAUGGAAUAUGCGCCACCUUAGUGACUAUCCAUGGUUACAAAUGCCUGGAACAUGAAUUAAAAACCCAAGAUGGCUAUAUCCUUAACAUGCAAAGAAUUCCAGAGGGACGUGUCAGUGGGAGUAGUAGUACUGGUGGAAACAAGAAGCAGCCUGUACUAAUACAGCAUGGUAUUCUUGUGGAUGGAAUGACAUGGCUCAUGAAUUCACCAGAACAAAAUCUACCAAUGAUUUUGGCUGAUAAAGGUUUUGAUGUGUGGAUUGCUAACACUAGAGGGACUAGAUUCUGCAGAAAGCAUGUUUCCCUUGACCCUGGCCGGCCGGAGUUCUGGAAUUGGUCAUGGGAUGAAUUGGUGAGUUAUGAUCUACCAGCUGUUUUUGACUUUGUGUUCAACCAGACAGGGCAGAAAAUUCAUUACAUUGGCCACUCCCAGGGAACUCUUAUAGGUUUGGCAUCAUUCUCAGAGGGCCAUCAGGCACACACGCUGAAAUCAGCAGCCUUUCUAAGCCCAAUUGCAUACUUAAGCCACAUGAAUACUGCACUUGGUGUGGUUGCUGCGAAAGCCUUUGUUGGUGAGAUCACUAUAUUGUUUGGAGUAGCAGAAUUUAAUCCAAAAGGACAGCAGGCCUCAAUCUUUCUCAAGUCUUUGUGCAAUUAUCCUGGAGUUGAUUGCUAUGAUCUAUUAAGUGAACUUACUGGUAAAAAUUGCUGUCUCAAUUCUUCCACGGUUGACCUUUGCAUAGAGAACGAGCCUCAAUCCACAGCAACCAAAAACUUGGUGCACUUGGCUCAGACUGUUCGAGAUGGGGUGAUUGCAAAAUACAACUAUGGGAGACCAGACUAUAAUCUGAUGCGUUAUGGAGAAGCCAAACCACCAAUUUACAACAUCUCCAACAUUCCUCGUGACCUUCCUAUUUUCAUUAGCUAUGGAGGCCAAGAUGCACUCUCUGAUGUUCGAGAUGUUCAGCUAUUGCUUGAUAGUCUGAAGUUCCAUGAUGUAGACAAGCUCAUGAUUCAGUACAUCAAGGAUUAUGCUCAUGCGGAUUUCAUUAUGGGAAUAAACGCCAAUGAUUUUGUGUACAAUCAAAUUAUUCAGUUCUUUAAAAAUCAGCAAUGAUCCCUCAAAGAGGCCUCAGUUUAUGUAAUUGAACUAGUAAACUUUUUCUCUUUGAUCAAUAAUAAAUCAUUAAACACAACAGAAUCAGUUCAGAGCGAGCUGAUUGAUAUUAUGUACUGAA